AGUAUCCUAGACAACAGUAUUGUAAACAAAUUAAAUCGAAUGGCAUGAUUGUGUUUUCAGAUCUAUGAAGAAACCACACACUUUUAGUUGCCAGGCUGCUUUUUCGGAAAUAGUUUAUUUUACUGAACUUCGGCUUCUAUCCAGCCGAAGCUUGCUGGCGACAUUUCAGCGAACAGCAUGGCGUCCAUGAGUCAGCGUCGGAACAUGACGCACAGCCAGCAGCAGCGCCUGGUCAUGGAGCACCGGCGGCAGGAGGAUCGGCGGCAGGACCAGACGAAACUUCUCGCGCAGGAGCGGCAGAUGCAGGCUAGUCUGCUCAACGAGCAGCGCAUCGAGGAGACGAGGCACCAGCGCACGCUGCAGAACGAGCAGCACGAGAGGCAAAUCCAGGAGGCUCUCUUCAAAGCAGAGGAUGAGCGUAUCCUGAGGGACAAGCAGCUGGAACAGGAGGAGAGGAUGGCUAAAGAGCUGGCUCGCAUCAGCCAUGAGAAACUCAGAGACGAGAAGAUGAGACAAUACGUCAAGGAGAACAGCAUUGAGUUGCGUGAGCUGGAGUCGAAGCUGAAGUCGGCGUACCUGAACAGGGAGCGAGCUGCACAGAUUGCUGAGAAGGAAGCCAUGAGAUAUGAGACAAUGCGCCGGGACGCGGAGACGGUGCGGGAGAUGAAGAGCCAGCACGAGCGCGCCUCCGUGGAGCAGGACAGGGUGGCGCAGCAGCGCUCUGAGGAGGGGCAGCGCUACAAGGAGGAUCUGCAGCUGCAGCUGCAGGAGAAGGAGCUGAAAAGCCAGCACGCCUACGAGGAGUUCCUCAAGGACAAGCUCAUGGUGGACGAGAUCGUCAGGCGCAUCUACGAGGAGGACCAGAAGGAGCGUGAGUUGCGUAUGCAGAAGGUGGUGGCCAUGCAGGGCUACAUAGAGGAGUUUAAGCAGCAGCAGGCGGAGUGGCGGCGCCUGGAGAGGGAGAAGCUAGAGGAGGAGAACCGGCGCCUCCUAGAGUACGCCUCCCACCAGCAGCGCAAGGAGGAGGACCGCAUGGCCAAAGUUCAGGAGAGGGAGCAGGCCAAGGAGAGCAUGCAUAGGAUGCUCACAGAGAAGAUUCAGAUGGAGCGCCAGCAGCAGGAGGAGAUGGAGCGCGUCAGAGAGGAGCUCUACCUGGAGGAGCAGGCUGAGGCCGCCAGGAAGAAAGAGAUUGAGGACAUGGAGAAGCGCAUCCGUCAGCGUCUGGAGAUGCAGCGCACCUUCCAGGAGCAGAUGGCGUUCCAACGCAUGCGUAAGGAGGCGGAGCGGCAGGAGGAGGAGACCUUCCGCCAGGUGAUGAUGGCCAAGUUCGCCGAGGACGACCGCAUCGAGCAGAUGAACGCCCAGCGGCGCCGCAUGAAACAGCAGGAACACAAGAGAGCCGUGGAGGAACUGAUGGAGGAUCGCCGCCUGCAGUACCAGGCUGACAAGGAGCACGAGGCAGAUGAGCGGGCCGUGGAUCAGGCGAGGGAGGAUGCGCGUAGACAGAUCAUCGAGGAGGAGAGGCAGAGACUCCUCAAACAGCACGCCACCAAGCUGCUGGGCUACCUGCCCAAGGGUAUCUUCAGAGAGGAUGACAUGGAACACUUUGAUGAGGAUUUCAAGAGUAACUUCCAGAAACGGCAGGCGGACAUCUUCUCUGACGAGGGCUGGGAGGCGGACGACCAAUAAGCACUUCUCAUAUUCCACCACUAGAUAGCAGUCAUGUGCAAACGAGAUAUUUUGUGCUGUUUUUUUAAGUAGACUCAUUACAAUUCAUCUUUUUUACCAUGUGAAUGUGUGCAUUUUGCUCCUUUUUAAAUUAUGGAGUGCAUAAGCAUUUUUGCAAUGAAUGCAGGUAACUUCAAAUUGCAAAUAAAUAAGUUUAAAUAAAGAUUAAUUUAAAAUUCCUAUUAGUUUAACAUGCCUUCUUCCACGUAGUAUAAUUCAGAGACCAGGGUCUGUUGGUUUCCCUCAUGUCAUUUUUUUUUCGUUAUUAUAGUUUCUGUAAUAUUUUCCAGUACAUCUGGUGUAAAGGCCAUAAGGAGUUCCAGUGAAUGAGCGGUGGGGUGUAAUAAAACCGAACUGGAUCUUAAAGCAGGAGUGUGUAGGCAGCUGGACGUUAAAUGGUUAUGUGUCCUUCUCCUGAACCCUACAGUUGCUUAUUACCUGUGGAAAUGCACAACCCUAGCUUGUGUAAGAGAGGGUUUAACAAGGGUGGAGUCAUCCUUCCACACACACACAGAUCCACAUAUAACAUGUGUUAUAACUACUGUAAAUAUGCAUAUGACCUAUAUAACAUAUACAUUAAAACACUACCUUUUCACACUUA